UGUUACGUUUAUUGUGUUACGUUCAAGUUAGGGCACGUAGAAGCAUUUAAAGAGAAACACAAAACACGAAAUAUUGGUAAGCACACGAAGACAAAACAAAUGGACUGCUCCGCGAGGUGUGAAUGGAACAUCCCUGCAAACACAUAUCGUUUCCAUGCCGGUUCGGUCAGCCAACACCUGCCACACCGAGGCACCGCACACAGUACAUAAACGGACCACACAGUCACACGAUCAUGGUCGCACAAUAUAGUCAAAGCAUCUCAUACCGAGAUGCACGCGCGACAAGACAAGGGGAACGUGUUCGGCUCGAUCCGAACGCAGCUCUCUCGUGAGAGAGCGGCUUAUGUAAAACGACUACGAGAGGGCAAUCGUCGUUUUCGGAUUAGGCUCUCCACUAUGUAAUUCCACACAUCGAAGAUCGGCGACAGGCGAGCAAAUGUUGCCUGCUCAUCGACAGUCCACACAGGUCGUUCGAUCGUGCCGGGUCGAAUCACGACAUUACCGGUUGGAGUUAGCAGAGGUAAUUGCCAACAAAAUUGCACGAGGACACGGGCCUAAAUUUUGCUAAAGGCACACGGCGGCACUGGCGUUUAGUACAAGAAGCUAAACAUCGCGCAAAUCAAGCAAUUGAGGUGAGUCGACGAAGGCGUUAAUCAGCGAGCAAAGAACAAGCCAACAGAAUUGUUUCAUCUGCAGACUAGACGCGCUCUGAGGAACAAAAGAGAAUCGGCCAUUUUGUUCGCCCGCAUUGAACCAGCUUCGCCGGCGUGGCAAGUGCUGUUCGUUUGACGCAAAUUGGAAGCGCGGAUCGACGGUACCAUUGAAACAGUUGCCGAGUAAAGAUCGGCGAAACCCGAGACCUCAAACAUUCAUCCUCGAGCUGCAACCAGUGUUCGGAUUACGACCUGUGGAUUGGACAAAACGAUUCGGCAAAGCCGGGUUGAUUCCGUGUGAUAAGAUCACCCACCUUUCGGGAGCAGUAGUGAAGGACGAACAAUCCGCACCCCGCAGGAAACCUACAGCAGCAGGUGAGAGAACCCGAGAGCAGCGUUGUGAUAGAAAAUUUUAACUGAUGUAUGCUCACUGUAGGUCAACGGAAUUCCGCAGAGGGUACAGCUGAUGAGCCAGGAUCCCUUUAGGCCGCCGCUAACUAGAUCGCCAGCGAAGAUCGUGAACAAGAGCCUUCCCAUAGGAGGUAAGAUGCACUUGGAGGAUGUGAGUGGAGAGGAAAGCUAACGCCCCAUUGGCCUUAGGGCUCUUUUUUCUAGCUGGAAACACGAUUGAGUAGACUGGGUUGGUGCAGGAAAGCGAACAGUGGUCCCAGUGAGGUAGCACGGCCGCCACGGAGUUCACGACGCGGAAGUGCCUCCGGCGAAUAGGAUCGGCCCUCGGAAGGAAAACACAUCGGCUGUUCUAGUGACGGUGAGACGUUCGGGCGGUACAGCCACCACGGUUUCCGCGACGCGGAGGUCCCUCCGGCGAAAUAGGAUCGGCUCUCGGGAGAACACACUCGCCGUUCUAGUGGCGACAAAACGUUCGGGUGGCAGACUGAUCCGACUAGAUGGCAUCGACCGGCAUGAGUGGUGUGCGUAGUCUAAGGUAGGACGGGCCCGUCUAUUUCCCACAUUACAAUUAGUUGUUAAGAGAAACAGUUAGCUAGUGCCGCAGAGUAAAAGUGAGGAGGCUAGGAACGUAACACAAAAUGGGUGGUAGAAAAUAAAGCAUCCUUAUUAUGUAUAUGCUUUGAGUUGGUGCGUUUAAUUUGGUGUUUGAGACCCUAACCGAUAUUGGUAUUUUGCUCCACCAAGUAGGAGAUUUCUAACACUGGCGCCCAACUAAAUAUCCCACACAUUUAGCAUUACCAUUCAUUAAGCGGCUUUUUUGAAGAUUUGUGGAUAGUUAAGCUCACAUUAUAAUUUGAGCACAUUUGGUUGGUUCGGAUUUGAUUUAGAUAAGUGGAACAAAAAUGGAUUUGACGCAUUUGAGUAACGAGGAAAUUGAUUACGAACUAGCGCUCCGCUUCGUUGUCAACCUCGGGCCUUCAACUCACAGGAACAAAGUCCUGAAGUUGAAAGAACUGAUGUCGCAGGAAGAUGAGACUUCCAUGCACAAUUCAGAACAUGUAAUGAGCUCCAGUACAAAUUUAGAAACCUGUCAAAACAAGAUCAGUGAGCUUAGAAAACUAGUUGAUGAAGCGAUCCUGAUAAAGGACACUUUUGUCAUCUCUCAACUACGUUCGCGACUUCUUCACUACGAUGCUAGACUGAAGAUCAUUCAGCCGCUCGCACCAUUCGUGAGUACAAAGGAAACGUUAUGUGCUCUAGUCAAAGUGCUACUCGGUGAAGUGAACAGUGCGUUAGUGCGCAUCGGGAAGAGAAGUGAUCGAAGCGAUAGUGCAGUGACGAAUUUGACACCAUUCGGAGGGGCAAUUGAGGAGAGAGAAGACCUGCAACGCCACCUUGCAUCGAAGCAGACCGAAGCCACAUCCACACAGGGGGCGUAUUCUCUCCUGGAGUUCACGAACGGCGAACAACACCAGAAAGACAACACACGCGUCUCAACGGCACGGAACACCAGCACAGGCGCAGUGCAUAAAGAACAGCUGACCAGCGUGAGCUACACAGAAGGAGUUCCACCGUUGACAAUGAACAACAACCUCCAACGAGCCAACAGUAUGUUCGAGGAUCACGAGCCGCAGCUGUCAGCAACAAGUUCACCCGUGGUGAGCGGUCGGGGCAGAGGACUAGUGCCAAGAGACCAACAUGACCGGCGAGACAGCAACAGGGGUAGAGGAAGAUCGACCAACACUUCAGCGAUAAACGACAGCCUAAAUGGAAAAGACCACAUACACGACCAGACAUUCAGGAACAUCAUCACCAACAAUGCUAGCCUGUACGCAGAUCUGGUAGAACGGCUUGCGCGAAGAGAGCAGUCUGUACGAACACCACCAACAGAACGAGCGGAAGAUCGGAGAAUGAUGAAAGCAGUGCAUAACUGGCCGUUCAAAUUCCGGGGCGAGAAAGACACCACAUCUCUAAACAUAUUUCUCGAUCGGGUUGAAACAUUCGCCAAGUCAGAGGGAAUGAGCGACGGAACCCUUCUUUCGUCAAUCAAACAUCUUCUUCAAGAUGACGCCUUAGACUGGUACGCUCGUGCGAUGACACAACAGUCUCUCUAUUCAUGGCAGGCUUUCAAGAAGGAGGUAAGAAAAGAGUUCCUACCGGUUGGAUAUGCACAGAUACUACGACUAGAAGCCAGCUUCCGCUUCCAGGGCCAGCAGGAAUCCUUCGCUAAAUACUACCGGGACAUCGCAGCGUUAUUUCGGUUCAUUUCGCCACCAAUGACGGAGGAAGAAAAGUUCUUCAUCGUGAAGAAAAACAUGAAUGCCGACUACGCGGCAAUCGUAACAGCAGCACGACCGGUGGAUUUACAGGAGAUGGUCGAAGUGUGCACAAGCUUUGACGAAACCCGAAUGCUUCUUAAUCGGCAGCGUAGAGUUCCAGUUCCGCAUAACUCGUUGUUGGAACCCAACUUCGCGACUCCAGUUAGUCCAGCAAAACAAUACCAGCAAGCCCAACCGCCUCGAUAUCCCAGAGUAAACGUGGUGGAGUCGAUCGAGGGAAACGAGAACACAUCGGCAGAUCAACAGACCAAUUCGACGUGCGAGCAAGAGGAAGCAGAAUGGCAAAGCAAGAUAGAUCAGCUGAUGCAGCAAGUAAGUGCCUUAAAGGGUCAGUUCGAGCGAAAGCUACCGAAAGCUUCAAGCAAUCAGGCUCACAACCAAGGUCGGUCACCGUUGGUUCAGUCAUCUGGACUGUCGCAAAACUCUCGUAUUCCAUCAAGUCAAUAUCAGCAACGAUGGCAACCGGAUCAGCAGCAGGAAGGAUGGCAACAAGAUAGAACACGAGCACCGCCAGCAAAUCCACCAGUGUCCUCGCAACACCAGCAGGAAGCACAGAAUCAACAACCGUGGCAUCAGUCUCAGCAGCAUUCCGCAUGGCAACAGCGGCCGUACGCGAAUCAGAGUCUAUCGCUACAAGCACAUAGCAGUAGACAGCAGCCAGGAAGUAGCGACGCGCGCCCAGUCAUGAACUGUUGGAACUGCGACGAAGAAGGUCACCGUUUUAUGGACUGUCCGAAACCACAAGCGAUCCUCUUCUGUUACCGUUGUGGUAGGAAAGGAUACUCUUUACGCAGCUGUUUUACGUGCCGCACUGACGCGGGAAACCAGCAAGCGGGGAAUCAACAAUAGAGGGAACGGAUUCCUCGCUCGUGACGGCCGAGCCCUCAGAAAAUCAAGACACACUCUACAUAGACACAAUCAUCAUCAAUCCCGGACAAGACAACCGCCCACACGCAGUCAUCAGUGUUUUAGGACGCGAGCUAACCGCUUUGUUGGACAGCGGUGCAAAUUGCUCUCUACUUGGAGGAAGAAGCACAAAAGUAGUAGAAGAACUGGGAUUGCGAAAGGAACAGGUGAAGGGUGGCAUUAGGACAGCGGAUGGAACACAACACGCGAUCAGCAACUACGUAAAUGUCCCCGUUGCGUACAACAAUCGCC